CGCGCCACUCUGUUUGUCCAUGUACCACUCUCACAGUCUCAAGCAAAGCAGCCAUUGGGCCCCUUCUAGUCCUACAAUCUCAGAAGGCCGACUUAAAACCUCAUUUUAGUUUCAAUCUGCUACCGCCACUACUGAUAGUAAGGCAUAGGCAUAACAAGGCAAGCGCUGACCCCACGUGCUUAGUGUGCAGCUGACUGGUUACAACAAAAGGAAAGUUAUUUCUCUGAGUUUGCAAUAGUUGGCCACGAUGAGGCGCUCUGCAAGGCACGUGAAGAAGCUGGUGGUGGAGCGAGAUGAAGCGGAGGACGAGGCUUCCAGCGAAGAGGAGAUUGAAGAGGAAGAAGUGGAGGAGGAGGAUGAAGUCGCAGAAGAAGUAGAAGAGGAGGAGGAUGAGGAGGAGGGGGGUGAAGAAGAAGCAGAGGAAGAGCCCCCUGAAGAAGAAGAGCCCGUAAAGAAAAAGAAGAAGCCCAUCUCAAUCAGUCUCAAAGGCGGCAACAUUUGCAAGGUUUGUAAGAAGACGGGCCACCAGGCGGGUUUCGUUGGGUCCAUCUACAUGGACUGUCCAAACAAGCCGUGCUACCUAUGCAAACUCCCUGGCCACACGACGAUGACGUGUCCCUACCGGACGGCGCCCGAGCACGGGUCGACGCCCGCCGUCCGACGGCAGUCCGGCGGAAUGAUUGACGUCGUUCGAAACAUGCAGAUAAACGGACAGCGGCAAGAGGUUAAGAAGCUACCCCCAAUCCCAAACCGUGUUGAUGCCGCCGUCCUGAAGCUGCACAGCCGGCGGGUGACGUCACUCGAGUUCCACCCUACGAAGGACAACAUUAUUGUUUCGGGCGAUAAGAAGGGCCAGAUCGGCAUCUGGGACUUUGAGAAAGUGUACGAUAAGACGGUCUACGAUACGACUCACCGAGCGCUUGUAAAUAGCAUCAAGUUUGACGAUCAGGACGACACCGCCCUGUACACCGCCGCUUCGGACGGUCUAGUUUCGUGUACGGACAUGGACACGGGGUCCGCACAGAACCUGAUUGAUCUCAAUCCGAACGGCUGGCAGGGCCCCGCCACGUGGAAGAUGGUGUACGGGAUGGACGUGUGCCGGAGUCGGCAGCUCAUCAUUGCGGGGGACGACGAGGGGUUUCUGCACAUGGUGGAUAAGCGGACGAAGAAACGGACGUCGGCAAAGAUUCAAAUUCACAAAAAGGGGAGCAAGGUCGUCGGCGUGCACUGCAACCCGUGUAGCGGGGACGUCUUCAUGACUGCCAGUAACGAUCACACCGCCAAGAUCUUCGACCUGCGCACGUUGGACGCGCGGGAAAAGAUGAGCCCGUCUCUCGCGGAGUUGGAGCACCCUCGGGUCGUCAACGCCGCCUACUUCUCGCCCUUCACUGGCAGCAAGAUUCUGACCACGUGUCAGGACAACCGGUUACGGGUCUGGGACUACAUCUAUGGUGACCUGUCGGAGCCCAACCGCGAAAUCGUCCACAGCCACGACUUCAACCGCUACCUUACGCCCUUCAAAGCCGAGUGGGAUCCCCGUGACGUCACCGAGAACCUGGUCGUCAUUGGGCGUUACAUCAGCCACGACUUUGACGGCGUCGCGUUGCACCCGGUGGAUUUCAUCGACGCUUCUACCGGGGGGUUAGCGGGCGAAGUGUGGGACCCGAACAUUACGACGAUCAGCCCGGUCAACAAGCUGCACCCACGGUUGGACGUCCUGGCAACCGGGUCGUCGAGGUCUCUCUUCAUCUGGCGGCCCAAUCCGGACGAGGAAGAGGACGACAGUGUCAAGGAGGCGACCCGGCAGAUGCUCACGGAGGUCCUCAUUUACAACGCGGAGGAAGCCACCGACGCGAAGAAGAAAAAGAAGAAGAGUGCGGACAUAGACGAUUUGGCGGCAGCCGCAAAGAAGAAGAAAUCGGCCGGCUGAGUGAUGCAGCACUCGGGGCGCGAAACCAUGCAGGAUUGUUGUUUAUCGGACCGAUCAUACCCAUGGGAGUGAAUCGUACUCCAUGGAAGUGAAGCCUUGUCAGCGAACGGGCCAGACUGUCCGAUUGAAGUGGCCUAAAUAGAUGGAAGGUCGUCAACGGUCGUUGAUUUGAUUUGUUAAGAACAAACAAUGCGCUUUGGAGGAGAUCAUGUACAAGGUAAUUACUUGCUGGCUUGUAUCGUUGUUGGGCUUGAAAAACUUAUGUGUGGGUAUAAGAUUGGCGAUCGGGCUGGCGCUUCCAGUUUUGCAGCGCAGACUCAAUACUAGCUUCGAACUAUUGGGCCAAAGAUUGAGGGGCAGUGAACGUUUGAAUGAGUCUGCCGUGCACUUACUUGGUUGCUGGAUAUGCGAGCAAGCGGGCAGCCUGCAUUACAACGUACGGCAAGCCUGAAGCGUGUCUGACACCAACGACAUUGAACUUGAAGGCUAGAGCACUCCGACUACCAGGCGUAGCCGCCUGGGGUACAAUUGGACGGUCUGCGACCUUUGCAGACAAUGAGCCUUCGAUCAUUGCCGGGUGCUUCAUUGAUAUUGCCG